UCUCUCUCUCUCUCUCUCAUCUCCGAUCAGCGUCUCCCGCCGCCGGCAUUGCAUUCAAAUCUCGGCCGCCGCCGCCCCCGCCGCCGGUGGUGAAACCGAAGCUGCUCCAGGAGGCGACAUCCGCCUCCCUCUCGCAACUCCUCGCGGCACCCGUCAAGUUCGAGGCGAUGGUGAUUAUCGCGGUGGCGGUGCUGCUGGGGAUUUUAGGCGCUCUUCUGCUGCUUCUUCCUCGGAACCGCAAGUCCGGCCAUUUGGAAAAGGUUCAGUCCAAUUCCAGCGCUCAGGGAUGCAAAUCUUACACCAAAGUGGAUGUUGCUCUGCACAACAAACGAACUGAUUGUUGGAUAAUCAUUAAAGACAAGGUGUAUGAUGUUACCUCUUAUGUGGAGGAACACCCAGGUGGUGAUGCCAUUUUGACUCAUGCAGGGGAUGAUUCUACAGAAGGAUUUUUGGGCCACAGCAUGCGACCCGAGUUUUUGACAUGAUUGAAGACUUUUUAUAUUGGGGAUCUCAAGCAAUGACCGCUCAUGGAAUUCGGUUGCAAGAUCAUCUGGAUACCUCCCCAAGAGACAAAAGGCGCUAGUCAAAAUUUUCAAAUCUCAACUUAUUUCCUCUCUCUUAGCAAUGAGGGGACACCACCUCUCUGUCAAAUGCAUUUUUCAACGGACUGGUUGACUGAUGACUGACGUUGGGCCGAUCCCAAAUUUACAAAUUUCGAAAGUGGUCGCUCGCGAAAGAGCAAGCGACUUGAUCGGACCACAUUUAGUAUUUCAAAUGCACUUUUUGAUGACCUUCUUUGUUAAUUCAUAAUCGAAGAUAAUUUGCUUUUCUUCA